UGCAUGUCGCAUUGCCGCAGCCGAGCGUCGUGUGUACGUCAGUUUGCCGCAAACUGUAAACACAAAAAUAAACAUUGUCGCUUUAUCUAUGACGGGUCUCCCGACUCGCUAUGACUGGAUUACGAUAAGAAAAUGAAACGUCAAUUAAAGCUGUAUAUUUACAAUGUCAACUGAUCGAUGUAAAGCGCUUGAGCUCCUAGAAGUUACGUCAUAAAAUUCGCUUAGUGACUUUUGGGUUAUGUCCAAAGUAUGCGACAUUAAAAAAGAUAGCGCAUGUUUUUUCGCUCGCAAUUCCGCUGUACCCCCACUGUUGUGACGUUAAACAAGCGUAAUCGUGUCGGUUUUUACAUUCAUGACGUAAAUGAAUACCUGCGGUUCCUUUUGCGGCGUUUUGGCGACCGUGUAUCGACCGCUGGAUUACAAGGGACAUAAGGUAAAACUGAUUGCUGUACAGGUACGCCGACGAUAGCAUAAAAUAUACGCUCAACAUAUGAGUAUUGAUCUGCUGAUCGUUAUCGUUUGAGCGCCAGUAAAAACAGAGCUGCUGUUUUGUACAUGUGAGUUUUGGACUAGAGUUAGUAAGAAUUCUAACUGUGCGAGAGAAGCUUGAGGGUAAACACAAGAGUUUGCGUGAACCGAGUCUUACAUACGACGUUCGAAAGGAAUGAACUCUUGUCUGUUAUAAAUCGAAGUAUAAUUUAUGUCUGGCGUUAAUCGUUAACAACUUUUACUUUAUUGGCGUUUACGGGCGCAUAUACUCUAACGAAAAACUCUGUGUCUAAAUUAAAAGUACAGAAUGGCAUUACGUAUUGACUAAGUGAAAAAAGAAAACGAUUUAAGACUUUAUUGAAGGCAGCAUCGUAUAGCGCGUGUGAUUUCCGCGUUGGUUACUAACUUCUACUCUAGUAUUACUAUUAUAUAAUGGACCUAGCCAAAAGCAUGAUGUGUGUAACACUCUGCCAGGAAGUGAGUAUGUGCCCAACACAGUGCAGUUAUACAGUAAAAGUUAAACCAAACGCGUAAAUAAUAUAAGUUCGCUGUGCAGUAGUUGAAAACGUUAAAAGACGGGUUUUGUAAUUUGUGAACAACUAUGCUUUUCUACAGCGUUGCUGGGAUACUACUUUACUGCUACUAUACUUUAGGGGAUUUUCCACACUAUAAAGUGUCAGAAGGACAAUUCGCUUAUCCGAAAUUAAUUACCACGAUUUCGUUCCCUGAAGAAGCUGUCACGUCCUGCACAUUAGACACGGUCAAUUUCCCUGAUAGAGUGAGAACUGCUAUACGGCCUCUGCUGUUCGGUGUACGAAUCCCACAGAUUACACCACAACGCCACCAAAGGCACAAUGAUCACAUUAUCCGAUCUGUUCGAUCCGUCUCCAAUGCAACGGAAUCAGUGACAGCAAAAUACUUGGAUACUACGAGCAGACAUGUGGUCACCUCUAGCCCAAAUAUUUCGAGCACGCCUGCUUACACCACAGCACAAAGAACUGAGAUUACCACAUUUAUACCGUCGGCGGUUAAUUCGCCCAGCAUUAUUAUACAUACGACAGGAAAACCGGCGCCUAUAGUCACUGUACAUAUUGUACAGUUGUAUGAUUUGGAUCGGGAAACACAAGACCAAUAUUUACUCACGUUACAUUGCGUCAAUAGAAGUGGUGUUGAGGUCGAAUUUCCGCGUCUUCUUAUCAUUGACGUCACGGAUAUAAACGACAACACUCCAAAAUUUAUAACUUCGUCUCUUUCGAGUGUUGUCUCAACCAAAGUUGACGUUUUCGAUGCAGUAAUGGACGUCAAAGCAACGGACGCAGAUAUCGGAAUAAACGCAGCAAUGCGGUUCUCGUCAAUCGCAGGCACUGAAAGAUGGAAAUUUCCGAAUUCAACAUCACCCGUCCACGCCACUUCUGCGUGCAUAGCGAUGCUAUCUUCCGGCCAAGUUGUGCUUCUGAAUAGACUUACUCGUGACAUGGUCAUCACUUUUAAAGUGGUGGUGAAGGACAUGGGGUCCAGACCGAACGGUAACCGAGCCACCGCAACAGCAACGGUUUCUGUAUAUUCCAAACUACCAGUUACCACAACUUCCCAACCUUCUCUGCCUAGCACCGAGCCUGCCGCAAUCUCUUUAAAAACGUGGGAGAUAGUGGCAAUCUCCGUGGGUGUGGGUGUUUGUGUUCUAUCUGCGGUUGCCAUUUUUCUCAUUCGUUUGAAACGAAAGAGACGAAUACCUCAGCUGACUUUAUCGACAAGAGAAGACGUAGGCGGAAAUGUUUUAUUAUUGGCAGAGAUUCUUGUGGAUAGUGAACUGUCGUUUAUUUCCUGAUUUCUCGAGCGCCGAAGUGUAAACUGAGCAAAGAAAUUUAAAUUGCAAGCUUUAAAGAGCGUCCGGGAGACAUUGAAAAACAAGAAGGUGGUUUAAAGAACAGAAAAGCAGCUUGUGUUUGCCGGAAUACCAAGAUUGACGCUUGGACCUUGAAUUAUGUUUUUUUAUGAACGAUGUUGAACAUUUAUGGACCAUAGCAAUACUUUUUUUUAAAGAGAAACGCUUCAGGAUUUUUCGUGUCAUUCUUUUACUCCUGUGAAAGAAUGCUGUUUUAAUAUGCCAGUCACAGCUGCCAGAAGGGCGUGUUUCAUAUUUAAAGUUCACCCGAAUUAAUGUAACUUUAACCCACAGCAGUUUAGUGCAGUCUUUUUUUUGUUAUUUGACACUGUGUUCUUAAACAUAUCUCUGUUUCUAUAUUUAUUCAGUUUGUAUAUUAUUUAUCUCGCGUCACACGAUCCUAAUAAAAUAAUAAAAAGAU